CGAGAGAGAAACAGGCAAAGGAGUUCACAUGGGGGCAUCGGAUCCUUCGCCAACAGCGCCUCUCUCUCUCUCUCUCUCUCUCUCUCUCUCUCUCUCUCUCCCCACCCCUCCCCCCUCUCUCUCUCUGGAGAAAGUGUCAAAAGCCUGACAAAAUUCUCUAACUAAACAAACAGUUUCAGAUGCUGAUUUCAUGAUCGUGUACGUGAUUCAUUCACCACGUUAGAGAUCUCUCCGUUACUUCUCUCAUCCCUCAUGCUCAUCACCAGCUACAUUUUCUUGAUUCGUUCUUCAUGCACUACUUCAUGCGAAACAUUUCCUCUCCAAUCAUCACUACAAUGUCCGAUGGUUCUGAGCAGCUUCUCGCCGAAGAUGAGCAAGAAACAAUCCGAAGCGACACUUUGAAGAGUCCUCAGUUGGAGUUUGACUACGAGAUUGCCCAAAUUUCCCCCUUGGACCACGUUGGCAUUGAGACCGAUCACCUGAGCCCGAGGAAAGCCAUCAGAACAGUCAGAGAAGAAAAGGAGGAGGAGGAGGAGGAGGAGGAGAAGGAGGGUGGAAAGACGUCGUUCCGAGAAGAACACGAGCUCGUUGAAGAAGAUGGGGAGAAUAAUGACGGAUUUAGGACUCCAACGUCUUCAGACCACAAAAUCCCCGUGAUGACACAAUGCCCACCUGCGCCGAUGAAGCCGAAGCCGACAAAAAAGCGGAAAUUGUCGUCGCCGUCGAUGUUAUCCGACGAUCGCCACAGAGAAGUGAUUGAUCUUGAUUUAUCCGAGGAAGUGGAAUCGCUGCUUCAGCCAACUCAUCGCAAUGAAGUCAAGAAAGCUAGAAGAGAUGGAAAUAAUAAUUGAUAAUUGAUUAUAUGUCCAUUUGAUGAGGUAAGGAGUGACAUGUAGAUAAGGCUUCCAUAGUAAUGCAUUAUCUUGCUAUAGAGCAAAAUUUGUAAAAAGGAAAUAAUCUCUCUCUCUCCCUCUCUCUCUCUCUCUCUCCCCCCCCUCUCCCCCCUCUCUUUCUCUCUCUCUCAAAUUAAUUGCUGAAUGAUCUGAAACACUUGAAUAUGCUGUAAAAUGAAAAAGUAGUAAAAAGCAAAAUGGGGACCAGAUUGAAAGAAGCA